AUGGCCAAGAACAAGGGCUCCGGUGCCAAAAAAGAAGACAAGGCAAAUGGAAAGGGAAAUAGCAAGGGCAAGGGCAAGGCUGGCAACAAGGGCGAGAAGGAUACGGAACCUGGAACGAAAAAGGACUUCAAUGAGAUCUAUGUCAGACACAUCCUCUGUGAGAAGCACUCCAAGAAGGAGAAGGCUCUUGAAAAGCUCAGAGAAGGUGGUGCGUGGGACGAAGUCGCAUUGGAAUUCGCCGAGCACGCUGGCUCAAAGGGAGGGCUGUUGGGCUGGAAGACCAAGAAGCCUCCGUCCUUGAAGGCAGAGUUCGAAAAGGUAGCAUUCAGCUUGGAGCCGAGCUCCCUGAAAAGCCCCAACAUAGGGGAAGCAAAGACAGACCAGGGUUACCAUCUUAUCGUGGUAACAGACAGACGGGCCCGCACCCGUACGGGCGCACCGGGCCGGCACGGGAACCGGGUGACGUUCUUUCAUGUCAAGGCGCCGGGAUCGAGAUGUGGCGCACAUCUCAAGAAAGGAAUGCACCCGCGCGAUGAAAUGAUGUACGUCUCAUUCAUGAUCUUUGCGCGGGAAAGAAACUGGGCGGUUCCGGAGAUCAUGAUCUCUCGCAUUGAGCAGGUCAAAGUGACGAUUAACCAUAUCACAUUUUGA